AUGGUUCUCGAACGACUCCAGCAGAUGUCGUCCCAUAUCACGGGACAGACGGCUCCGGUGUACCCAUUGGAUCCCCUCUCGUCGGAAGAAAUCGCAAAGGCCGUCGCGAUCGUCAAGCGCGAGUAUCCCAAUGUCCACUUCAAUGCCGUCUCGCUAUGGGAACCUCGCAAGGCGGAUAUGAUGAAGUACCUGGCCUCUCCGGAGACCGUGCCACGACCACACCGUAUUGCGGACGUUGUUGCCAUCGGCAAGGGAAGCAAAGUCUUCGAUGGCUUGGUCGACUUGAACGAGGGCCGGAUCGUGAAGUGGGAGCUCACAGAGGGUGUGCAGCCUUUGAUCACCAUGGAGGAUCUGCAGAUUGUCGAGAUUGUGGUUAGGAAGGAUGCGAAGGUCAUUGAGCAGUGUGGGAUUUUGGGCAUUCCGCCGCAGGAUAUGCAUAAGGUCUAUUGCGAUCCUUGGACGAUUGGAUACGAUGAGCGGUUUGGGUCGGGGGUGAGGCUGCAGCAGGCUCUUAUGUAUUACAGGCCGCAUCCGGAUGAUAGCCAGUAUACUUAUCCGCUGGACUUUUGCCCUAUUUACAACGCAGACACGCAAGAAAUCAUCCACAUCGACGUACCCAAAGUCCGACGACCGCUAAACAAAGCCCCUCCGAUCAACUACCACGCCGAUGCGAUUGCAAAAGAGACAGGGUUCAGGAAAGAUCUCAAGCCGAUCCACAUCACACAGCCAGAGGGUGUCUCUUUCACAGUCGACGGCAGGACAUUGAAAUGGCAGAACUGGAGCGUCCACGUCGGUUUCAACUACCGCGAGGGCAUGGUUCUGUCAAACAUCUCCUUUAACGACAAGGGCAACGUACGGCCGGUCUUCUGGCGCUUGUCAUUGGCGGAGAUGGUCGUCCCAUACGGCAACCCCGAGCACCCACAUCAGAGGAAGCAUGCGUUCGAUCUGGGAGAAUACGGUGGCGGAUAUAUGACGAACUCACUUUCCCUGGGAUGUGAUUGCAAGGGUGCGAUUCAUUACAUGGAUGCCGAGUUUGUCAAUCGCGCUGGGGAGCCGCAGACGAUUAAGAAUGCGAUUUGCAUUCAUGAGGAGGAUGCUGGUAUUCUGUUCAAGCAUACGGAUUUCCGUGAUGAUUCUUGCACGGUUACAAGGGGUCGCAAGCUUGUGAUCAGCCAUGUCUUUACUGCUGCCAACUACGAAUACUGCGUCUACUGGAUCUUCCUCCAAGACGGCACCAUCCAGCUGGAGAUCAAGCUCACCGGAAUCCUAAACACCUACGCCCUCGCUCCCGGCGAAGACGCCGCUCCAUGGGGCACCGAGGUCUACCCAGGCGUCAACGCCCACAACCACCAGCACCUCUUCUGCCUCCGCGUCGAUCCCAACAUCGACGGAUCCGAGAACACCGUCUUCCAGGUCGACGCUACCCGCGGCGACGGCGAGGUCGGCAGCCCGCAGAACCCCUACGGCAACGCCUUCUACGCCAAGAAGACGAAACUGGAUACCAUGGCCACUGCGAAGAGCGAUUACGACGGAUCUACGAGCCGGACGUGGGAGAUGGCUAACACGAAUAAGAUCAAUCCGUAUAGCAAGAAGCCUGUGUCGUAUAAGCUGGUCAGCAGGGAAGUCCCCAGCUUGCUUCCAAAAGAAGGCAGUCUUGUAUGGAAACGCGCUGGAUUCGCUCGUCAUGCGGUGCAUGUCACCAAGUACUCCGACGACCAAAUCCACCCCGCCGGCCGCCACGUCCCACAGACCUCCGGCUCGCCCUCCCAGGGAAUCCCCGCCUGGAUCGAAGCCGACCCCAACGGCAGUCUCGACAACACAGACGUCGUCCUCUGGCACACCUUUGGCCUCACGCACUUCCCGACUCCCGAGGACUACCCCGUCAUGCCCGCCGAGCCGAUGACGGUGCUCCUCCGACCUCGCAACUUCUUCACCUCGAACCCGUGUAUGGAUGUUCCGCCGUCGUAUUCGAGCACGCCGACGCAGGUUGCGGCGGGCAAGACGGGGAUCAGGGGGAUUGUGGAUGGUUUGAGUCGGUUGGCUUUUGGGGGAAAGAUGGAAAAGGGGGGGAGUAAUGAUUGUUGCAAUUAG